GUGGAGUUUAAAAUAGGGACAAGGAACGGAAGCGGGAAGGGGCGGAGCAAGCGCCCCUCCCAGCCUUGGUGUGCGCCGCGCCCCCUACUCUCCCGACACCUAGGAGGGGACGCGCGGGCUCGGCGCUCCCAGACGGCCUCUAUGGCGCUGGUCGCCCGUGGGCUGUCUGGGGCCCUGGGCUCCUACCCGGCCACCCCCGCCUGGGGUGCGGUCGUCUUCGUGUGGCUCUUUCUUAGCACUUCGUGUACAGCCCCUACCAGUGCCAUCCAGGUGACUGUGUCAGACCCCUACCAUGUGGUGAUCCUAUUCCAGCCAGUGACCCUCCCAUGCACCUACCAGCUUACCACGACCCCCACAGCACCCAUCGUGAUCUGGAAGUAUAAGUCUUUCUGCCGUGAUCGCAUUGCUGAUGCCUUCUCCCCAGCCAGCGUCGACAACCAGCUCAAUGCCCAGCUGGCGGCUGGGAACCCAGGCUACAACCCCUAUGUGGAGUGCCAGGACAGCGUGCGCACCGUCAGGGUUGUGGCCACCAAGCAAGGCAAUGCUGUGACCUUGGGAGACUACUACCAGGGCCGGAGGAUCACCAUCACAGGAAAUGCUGACCUGACCUUUGACCAGACAGCCUGGGGGGACAGUGGUGUGUAUUACUGCUCCGUGGUCUCAGCCCAAGACCUCCAGGGAAACAACGAGGCCUAUGCAGAGCUCAUCGUCCUGGGCAGGACCGAGGGGGUGGCUGAGCUCUUACCUGAUUUUCAGGCGGGGCCCAUGGAAGACUGGCUCUUCGUGGUCGUGGUCUGCUUGGCUGUCUUCCUUGUCUUCCUCCUGCUGGGCAUCUGCUGGUGUCAGUGUUGCCCCCAUACCUGCUGCUGUUACGUCAGGUGCCCCUGCUGCCCAGACAAGUGCUGCUGCCCAGAGGCCUUGUAUACUGCCGGCAAAGCAGCCACCUCCGGUGUCCCAAGCAUCUACGCACCCAGCACCUACGCUCACCUCUCCCCUGCCAAAACCCCACCACCAGCAGCCAUGAUCGCCAUGGGUCCUGUCUACAAUGGGUACUCUGGAGACUUCGACAGGAAUAGCUCAGUUGGUGGCCACAGCUCCCAGGUACCCCUGCUUCGUGACAUGGACGGCAGCGUUACAUCUGAGGUCCGCAGUGGCUAUAGGAUUCAGGCCAGCCAGCAGGACGACUCCAUGCGGGUCCUGUACUACAUGGAGAAAGAGCUGGCCAACUUUGACCCUUCUCGACCUGGCCUCCCCAAUGGCCGUGUAGAGCGGGCCAUGAGUGAAGUCACCUCCCUCCAUGAGGAUGACUGGAGAUCCCGGCCUUCCCGAGGCCCUGUCCUCACCCCUAUCCGAGAUGAAGAAUGGGGUCGCCACUCUCCCCGGAGUCCUCGGAGGUGGGAGCAAGAGCGGCCAGGGAGUGGCUGGGGAGCUGGGCGGCCCCGGGCCCACUCUGUGGACGCUCUGGAUGACCUCACCCUGAUGGGUUCUGCUGAAUCAGAGAGGUCUCCCCCAAGUAGUGGGAGGAGAGGCCGGGCCUAUGCACCUCCCAGAAGCCGCAGCCGAGAUGACCUCUACAACCAAGACAACUCAAGGGACUUUCCACACUCCCGGGAUCCCCACUACGAAGACUUCAGGUCUAGAGACCGCCCUCAUGCUGACUCUAGGUCCCGCUACCCCCGUUCCCGGGACCCUCGGGAGGAUGGCUCCAGGUCUGGGGACCCCCAGUAUGACGGGCGGCUACUGGAAGAGGCCUUGAGGAGAAAGGAGCCAGCAGAGAGGAGAAGACCUUACAAAGAUGAAGACGAAGAGGAGGCCUAUUACCCUCCAGCACCUCCCCCUUACUCUGAGACCGACUCCCAGGCCUCACGGGAGCGGAGGAUGAAGAAGAACUUGGCCCUGAGUCGGGAAAGUUUAGUCGUCUGAUCCCACAUUUUGUAUGUAGCUUUUGUACUUUUUUAAUUUGAGGAACUACUGAUUUAUCUCCCCUUCGUAAGUCUAAUAAAAUUUAUGAUCACAAGGCC